UCACCGCGCGGCGCCGGAUGUGUAUGCUACUUGAAGCCGGUUUCCUGGAUCACGGCUCCCCGCUGCGGGGGCCGCUGGCUUGGGCUCGGAGGGCCGGACUGCAGCCCCACCGGGGGGCGGCGCGAGCGGCGUGGCAGGCGAUCAACAGAUUCUGAAAUCAUUCCAUUAACUGCAAGAGUGAAAGGGAAGCCAUGCAGAAAUCGGAGUACCCUGGAGGUGUGCAGUUGAGAAACAGAGCAACAGGUAAUUAUGAUCAAAGGACAUCCUCAAGUGCACAAGUAAAACACAGGAUGACAGGUCAGCGGAGCAAAUCCUCCUCAUUAACCAGUUCUCCAGAGGCUGCAAGAAGGGUUCAUCCUCGGCCAAGUGAUAAACUCAACCCUAAAACAAUUAACCCUUUCGGUGGACAGUCACGAGCCCCUUCUGCAUUUGCGGCGAUCUACUCUAAAGGAGGCAUUCCUUGCAGAUUGGUACAUGGCUCAGUAAAACACAGAUUACAGUGGGAAUGCCCGCCUGAAAUUCUUCCAUUUGACCCGCUUCUAAUUACUUUAGCUGAGGGUCUGAGGGAGACAAAGCAUCCUUAUACCUUUGUGUCCAAGGAGGGCUUUAGGGAAUUACUUCUGGUCCAGGGCGCUCCUGAAAAAGCUGUACCUUUGCUACCUAGACUCAUCCCUGUGCUGAAGGCAGCUCUGGUCCAUUCUGAUGAUGAAGUGUUUGAAAGAGGACUGGAUGCACUCGUACAGCUAAGUGUGGUCGUUGGCCCAUCUCUGAAUGGCCAUCUGAAACAUCUGCUUACAAGUCUUUCCAAGAGGCUAAUGGACAAAAAAUUCAAAGAACCCAUCACCAGUGCCUUGCAAAAGCUGGAGCAGCACGGCGGGAGUUUCAAGUCAGGAGAUUUGUAUUUAGACACCGAGGACAUGCAGAACCAGCCCAUAGCCAGACCAGUGUCUCCAUUUCUGAUGAAGUACUUACUGGGAAGUCUUAUCGUCAUCAAAUCCAAAAUCCCAACCUACUGCUCUAUCUGCUGUUGAAUAAGGGAGCCAGCAAAAGCCAGGCUACUUCCUCAGGCACUGACAGUGGCUGCAGUGGGCCUCUGCUGAGUUGGGGUCACCCUGACUCCCAGCACCGUUCAUUCAAAUUAAGUAGGCUCCCAGGACCGUGUCAUUCUAGAGAGCUCAUUGUGGAAGCCGUUUGUCAACAAAAUGCACGGGUGCUAGUGGAAAGCAAUUAAAGUGCUGGUGAAAAAGGUGAAUUCCGUGAGGGUUUUGCAUCAUGGUCAUCUGUGUGAAUUUACGGAUCUCAUCUAUAUGCAUAUUUUCCAAUAUAUUUUUACUUACAGCCUUUCUAAGAUCACUUUGUAGCUGCGCACUUCUUUUAUAGGUUGGUUUUGGCCAUUUGGUUUUUAUAUUUACCAAGACUGUAAAAAUUUAAGAUAGCAAGUAUAUAUUUGUGACUUCACUAUUAGCUGGUAUGUGCAAAUAUGUAUUUUAUAAUGUGGAAUGCUUGGGAACAUCUUUUCCUUCCUGAAUAUUCCAGUUUAAAAACCUUGUUCUAAAUGUGAAAAUUCUAUUACAAGUAUGUUGUUUAUUACAACUUGUUAAAACUACCUAAACGUUAUUUAAGUAAAUAUUACUUUUACAUUUUAUAGCCUGAAAAUACUGAUGAUGUACAUAUGCAGAUAUUCAGAAAUUAAAGUCCUUUACAUGUA